UGGUCACACAGCAUUCCGGUACCGGCUAACGGACAACUAUGAAGAGCCUUAUUCUAUUCGCCAUUUUGACCGUAGCAGCCGCCAAACCUAAGCCAGGUGGUCUGUCCUAUGACCCUUGGGGCGCUGGCUUGUCAUCAUAUGGCGCGUUCCAUCAACCCUCGAUAUCAGUAGCUCAGCCAGUUGCUGUAGCUCAGCAUGUAGCCGUGGCUCAACCCGUAUACCACGCCGCACCAGCUGUAGCUGUAGCUAAGCCUGCCGCCACAAGCUACUCUUCAUUCCAGCAGGUCGUUCACCCAGUUUCCGUAGCGCAGCCAGUUGUCCACGCUGCUCCAGCAGUGGUAGCUCAGCCCGUGGUCCACGCAGCCCCAGCAGUGGUUCACGCCGCGCCAGCUGUAGUAGCUCAGCCUGUAGUUCACGCCGCCCCAGCCAUCCAGACCUUCGCCCAACCAGUAGUUUCCAAAUAUGUCUCCGUUGGCUCAUAUGGUAGUUACGGCGGUGGGUAUGGCGGUGGGUAUGGCGGUGGCUACGGCGGUGGCUUCGGAGGCUAUGGUCACGGAUGGUAACGAGAAGAACAUGUAAUUAUAUAUAUUUAUUUAAGCGUUGAGAUCAUGUCCGUCCGGUGGGUGUGUUGCUAAUAAAGUGAAUUUAAUCAGAUGCA